GCCGCUCGCACCGACUCGCGCAGGAAGGAAACUCGGGCCUCCGCAUCCGCCCGGCCAGCCAUGCUGCUGAGGCCGCUGCGGGGCUGGGCCGCCCGGGCGCUGCGCAGCGCUGGGCCGGGGAGCCCCGGCAUCCCCGCGAUCCCCGCCUCGGGCCCCGGUCUCCGGGGCACUCAGCGCCUGGCCUGGCCUCGGGAUAAAGAUAGAGAACAGGAAAAAGAGAAAAAAUCAGUGAUCUGUGUUGAGGGGAAUAUUGCCAGUGGGAAGACGACAUGCCUGGAAUUCUUCUCCAACAAUACAGACGUCGAGGUAUUAAAGGAGCCUGUGCUCAAGUGGAGAAAUGUCCGUGGCCAUAAUCCUCUGGGUCUGAUGUACAGCGAUGCCAGUCGAUGGGGCCUCACGCUGCAGACGUAUGUGCAGCUCACCAUGCUGGACCAACAUACCCGUCCUCAGAUGUCACCAGUACGGUUGAUGGAGAGGUCGAUUCACAGCGCAAGAUACAUUUUUGUAGAAAACCUGUAUAGAAGUGGGAAGAUGCCUGAAGUGGACUAUGUGGUUCUGUCCGAGUGGUUUGACUGGAUCGUGCGGAACACCGAUGUGUCUGUUGAUCUGAUAGUUUAUCUCCGGACGACUCCUGAGACUUGUCACCAGAGGCUAAAGAUGAGAUGCAGGGACGAGGAGAAGGCCAUUCCACUGGAAUACCUGAGCGCUAUUCACCACCUGUACGAGGAGUGGCUCGUCAAAGGAAGCCUGUUCCCCAUGACUGCCCCUGUUCUGGUGCUUGAGGCCGACCACCACAUGGAGAAAAUGUUGGAACUCUUCGAACAAAACCGGGACCGAAUAUUAACUCCAGAGUAUCGGAAGCAUGGCCCAUAGGACGGGAAAGGGUCCGAACUGUCCAGGGUGGCACUGGAGCCCUCUGGCCGCUGCUGGCGUGAGCUACUACUGUUCUCCAUUCACACUUGCAUUCAGAUUCAGACAACGACCCCUUCCAGGGCACAAGUAAGAUGAGCUUGGAGGGUCUGAGGGGACUUUGCUGGAGGCUUUGGGAGGUGGGGGAAGGUAAGAGGGCAGUUGACACCCACAGCCUGGACCACAUGCUCUGGCAUCACCCUCUGGGCCCCACCUCCCUCUGCCCUCUGCCCCCGAGUCACAUCACCCUCACCACCCUGCACUGCAACAUCCUGGGCUCAGCCCGCCUUCCACGCAAGUUCUAGCCCCGUGAGGACCAAGACGACCUUGUCCUCGUUCCCAUGACAUGAGCGACUGAAUUCACCGAAUGAGUGAGUGUGGACCUUCAGGAAUGAUGUUACCCAGCUUGUUUUGACCUCUCAGUUUCUCUUCCCGUCCCCUUUCAUUCCCAUCUGAACCCUUCACCUGGAUAACAAGUGUCUCCCCAACCCACGAACCUGGGGAAAACAUGAGCCAGAAAAAUCUUCCUGUGGACCCCCGCAGAGUCCCACCGUUAGAUCUGGGGAAGGGUGGUGAUAUUUAAAACACAGGGUAGGUAAAAGAUGUUUCUAAGAUCUGAUGACUGUGGGCCAGCUCUGCUUCCCUAAAGUCCUGGGGUGGGGUCGGGGAGCACACUUCAGAUGUUUACCUGUUUGUGGAAUGCAGACCACCCAUCCCCUUGGCCUCUCCACCUUGAACAGUUAGUAAAAUAAUUGACAAACUUGGAAAUGUCAGUUCUCCAUUGUUCAGAAUAUAAUAACAGUGAUACAUGGCCUGGCUCCCGUGGGCUUGGGACAGGAUUGCUCACCGAAGGCCCCAGGGUCACUGGCACUGCCUUCAUUUUCCUAAUAACCCCAACCCCGCAGCUCUCCUAAGGCUGGAGUGAGUUUUAUAUUCCUCUGGUUUACAUAACAGGGUGAACUUGGCAAAAGCUGUCAUUAAACAGAAGCCAAGAGAAAGUCUAUCUCGUGGAAUCCAGAGUUGAUACUGACAUUUACUGCUCUCCACAGGAGCUAUCUUCUUGAAUUUCUGUAUUUCUUGGCUUUUUCUUCUUCAAGAGUAGUGCGUACCAGACUGGGCUCCGUCGGGUGUCCUGGGAGAUAGUUAAUAGGUAUUCUGAGAAAAGAGGGAUCCUUGGUCUAGGAAGUUUGGGAAACUCCCUGUGAACUCUCCCUGAGAUGCCCAAGGUACAACAGCCUAGCUAAAACUCAAGAAGUCCUGAGAUAAGAAUGCCUUUUAAACUUUGUUUAAGCCAGGGGCUCUCACACGGACUUGCCGAUGGAACUCCGUAUCUGGGCGCUACCACUGAUACUCGCAGCAGCUCUGUUAUUUCUGGAACUCAAGCUGGGAAUCACUGUUUUCAGCUGAUGUGCAGCUGCUCGUGCCUCCAGCUUCUGUGCCCUUUGGGAUUCUCCAGCUCAGUGGUUCUCGGACUUUAGAGCGUCCGGAUCGCAGGGAGGGCUUGUUGAAACCGAGAUUGCUGGGGCCCAUUCUCACAGUUUCUAACUCAGCAGGGCGGCCGAGGGCCUGGGCAUUUGUUUUCUAACAACUUUCCAGCGAUGCUGGAGAGGCUGGUCCAGGGACCACCUUUUGAGAACCACCUCUCGAGAUUUGUGCUUUCUAGAAUCGGACAUCCAGGAGUUCAAAGAGGCUUGGCAUAUGAUUCAACCUCUAGUGAGUGCUGGUUAUCUUAUCUGUCACAACCUCCCAGGGUGGCUGUGAGGAAGACUGACCUGGCAUAGGGAAGGAGCCCGGAUCAGGGUCUGGGAUACAGCAAAUGCCCGACACAUGUUAAGUUCAGCCGACGUGCCUAGGAAAAAUAGGCCGUGGUGCAGCUAGUGAGUGGGCUUGGUAACCGCAGGAACUGGCACCUUCCAUCGGAGUGGCACAGAUGCCAGCUUGAACAGCUUAAUCAGGGACCAUCUUGACUGACCUGUUAAAGAUUUGCAUGAUAAAAACCACCAUAAACAAAGUUAAAAGGUAAUCAACAAACUGGGAGAAAAUAUUCCCAACAUAUAUUAUUAGACAAAAGGCUAAUGUCCCUAAAUACCCAUAAGGAAUUCUUAAAAAUGAAAGACAAAGGGUCAAAAAUCCAGUAGAAAAGUGAGAAAAAGACAGACAAGGCUCUGCUUUCCAGCCUGUUGGAAUGGCCGCCCCACAGGCUGCGACCCUUUAUGAGAAAUAAAGCUCUCCUUUCUCUAAA